CCUCCUUUAAUCGGAUUAAUAUCAACUGGUAAGAUCAUGAAAUUGUUAGUGAUUGCAACCACAGUCUUGGCUGCUUCGCAGUCCGCACUUGGAUUUUCAAUUGGCUGGUUGGAAAAUGUAUACCACCAAGACCAACAAAAACUUGUAGAGCUCGAAAAGAAUCUUAGAAUUGAUACUUUUGCUGACUCAUUAACCGACUAUAAGGUGAAUGGACAUUCAUUAAUUGGGUUACAUAAGGCAUUGGUUGAAAUUCCAUCUAUUAGUGAAAAUGAAGUUGCUGUCGCUAAGGCACUUCUGGGGUUCCUUAAAAGAUUUGGGUUGACUGUGGAACUUCAAAAGGUUCCUGCUAAGGAUGGGCAUUCUCCAAGAUAUAACGUAUACGCCUACAUUGGGAAGACUAGGGAUACUUCUGUUCUUAUUACAUCCCAUAUUGAUACGGUUCCUCCUUUCAUCCCAUACCAUGUCGAAGGGUCAAGAAUCUAUGGCCGUGGUACUUGUGAUGCUAAGGGUUCUGUAGCCAGUCAAAUAUUUGCAGUACUCUCUUUAAUUGCACAAGGAAAGGUUAAAGAAGGUGAUAUCUCCUUGCUCUAUGUAGUUGGGGAAGAGAUGAAUGGUUCUGGUAUGUUGCAAGCUAGUAAUAGCUUGAAUGCUACUUGGGAAACUGCCAUCUUUGGAGAACCAACGGAAUUGAAGUUGGGAGUUGGCCAUAAGGGUAACUACAUGUUUGAACUAUUUGUUGAAGGUAAGCCAUCACAUUCGGGAUAUCCUGAACUUGGAAUUUCUGCCACUGAAAUUUUGAUUCCUGUAUUGGCUGAUUUACUCAAGUUAGAUUUACCAAAGUCUGAUCUUUUGGGUCCAAGUACUCUAAAUAUUGGUAGAAUUGAAGCAGGUGUUGCAGCCAAUGUAGUUCCAGCCCAUUCUUACGCUGAAUGUUUCAUUAGAGUAGCUGAUGGUUUAGAAAAAAUUGAUGAGCUUGUUCGUGGAGUAGUUGAAGGAGUUGAACAUUUGACUUUCAAGCUUGGACCUACAAUUGAACCUCAAUACAUCGAUUAUGAUGUCCCAGGAUUCGAAUCCAUUGUGUUGGCAUAUGCAACGGAUAUCCCACAUUUGGUUGGUCAAACAUUGAAGAAGAGAUACCUCUAUGGGCCAGGAAGUAUUCACGUUGCUCAUGGUGACAAUGAAUACGUUGAAAAUUCCGAUUUGUUAGAGGCUGUUGAUGGAUAUAAGAAGUUAAUCACCCAUUGUUUACAAGUUUAA